GACUUCUCUCACUCAUUAACCUCUUGUUCUCCUGUGGCUGAGUUUAGGAGAGAGGUACCUCUCGUCGUCUUCCCGCCGCAAACUGUCGUUACCCCCUUGCGUCACAUUUGUCGUUACUCCGUGUUCGUGUCGUCCUUUCGCCUCUUCCCCCCCGGCGGCGUCACGUUCUUGUAGGUUUACCGAGGCCAGGCUCCUAAAGAAAACAAGGAAAAAAAAAAAAAAGGAAAAGAAAGGUAAAAGAAAAAGGAAAAAAAGAAAAAAAAAAGAAAGAAGAGACAGGUAAAAGAAAAAGGAAAAAGAUUCCCAAUUACUCUGGCUACUACCAUUCUCCUCGGGGGUUGAAAUUCCACAAAGACCAAUCCAUCCAUACACUCUUCCUCCCCCCUUUUUCUCCCUGAAAAAAAAAAAAAGAAAGAAAGAAAAAAAGGAAAAAAAGGAAAAAAAGGGCCCUACAGGCAGUGUGCCGUAGUUGGGUAUUCCAAGGUCGCACAGAGAUCUCCCACGGCAACUCCCCAUGUGUACCUGUGUUCUCCGAUGACGUUGCGAGGGUAGUUUUUUAAACAAACCGAAGAUCACAGACUCCAUUCGACCAACAUUGCAGUGUUCUUCCCAACCCUCCCUCUUUCAUAGCCCCUCCGUCGAAGGCCACAGUGUCCCCGGACCUGAACCCCUCCACCAUCUGCGGCUUGACAGCAUCCAGAUGACCGGCGUGUAAGCCUCGAAGACACAGUCAGGAAUCAUCCGUUCAGUUGUUGCUGGGACAAGAAAAGGAAAAAAGAAAGGAAAAAGAAAAAGCACAGUAAGAGUUUCACCUGGGUGUGAGAACUUUUCUCUUGGGUGCUCUAUAGGAUAUACGUACCCUUCUUGUCCAUUUAAUGCUCCAUCUGAUUCUGUUCCAAAAAAGGAAUUGUGUUGAAUUGGUAGAUUCGCAAGCAAUUCCCGCAGAUAUUUUCCCAUCAUGAGUCGGACAGCGGAGCUACAGCCUCCCCUCUCCCCCCCUGAGCCAGCGUACCUCAGGUCCUCGGCUCCGUUUCCUUCCCCUGAUCAGAAUCCACCUCCACCUCCGCCCCUGAUGUCUCCAAAGAACUCGAGCAAACAUGUCUCGAGACUCUCGCUUCGUGAAAUACCGAAAAGAAAACCUGUCGGUCUUUCCGAACUGGAGGCCCACGAAAGUGCCGUCAUGCACCAUUCGCCAGUGUCGCCCGUGAGGAUCGACGAUCCUUCUAUAAUACCAGAAGCUUCAUCUGCUCUCGUCGAGGAUGUGAGGAAUCUAAGGUUGUCCCAGGAAUCCGGGAAUAACUAUAGUUAUCAGGAAUAUCCCCCUCGCCGCAGCUCCUUGUACCAAAGUCCUCCCCCUGUUCAGUACUCGCAAGAUCAGCACGGGCCCGUGGACGACACAUCGGGUAUUCCCCCGCGAGGCGAUUCGCUCAAUCAUGCCGGGAUGCCGCAGCAAUUCUCACAUUUGAAUGGGCAAGGGCGCCAGGUCGAGACGAGAAGUUCAUCGAGUAGAAACAGCCUCGAAAGCUUUCCCGAGGAACAAGAAAGCACCCAAGGAAACCACGAGCCCGAGAUCUACCAGCCCCUGCAGUAUCACCAUCAGCCUUUCCAGGAGCAUCUGCUCGACCGUGUCGGGCAUCGCGGAUCAAAGAGCACAGUCGUUUCGGCUUCCGACUCCUCCUCUACCGGAGGGCAAUCAAAUCACCUUGCACCGGGAGGGUUGGUGGUUCCACGCCCACCGUCAGCAUAUUCGGAUGGUAGGGGCCGCACACGUUCCCUCCAGCUCUCUCCUUACGGUCAUGCGCGCGCGGUAUCCUCUCACUCGGCUGCUUCUCCAGACACCAGACCCCUGUCCUUCGUGGACUUGAUGAACGUACCGUAUCCACAACCCCCUCCGGCUCCUGCGACUCUCAGCAAUGCGCAUCUGCGGGCGUCCGUGGGGAACAGCGCUUCUCUGCUAAGCCAUAAGCAGACAUUUGAGAUGUACCUGGCGAACGUCAAGAAAACUAAUGACUCAGGGGCGCAAUAUGAGUUUGCGGUGUUUAUGAUCCAUGCCGCACAAGAGGCUUCUCGGCCGGAUUCCCCCGCCGCCUCCAAACAGCAAGAAAUCGGGUCCGAUAUCUCGAAGGCGGAAUUGCUUCGAGAAGCCAAGGCGAUCUUACAGCGUCUGGCUGAUCGUAGUUAUCCGUACGCGCAGUAUUAUCUCGGUGAUGGGUAUGCCUCGGGUCUUUUUAACAAGGGAAAACCGGAUUAUGACAAAGCUUUCCCGCUAUUCGUCGCUGCCAGCAAACAUGGUCACGCGGAAGCUGGGUACCGUGCCGCCCUCUGCUAUGAGUUUGGCUGGGGAAGCAGGAAAGACGGCGCAAAAGCAGUCCAGUUCUACCGACAGGCAGCAUCCAAAAACCAUCCCGGGGCAAUGUUACGACUGGGAAAAGCGUGUCUGACUGGCGAUAUGGGUCUUAGCAAGCGCUAUCGUGAAGGCAUAACCUGGCUGAAGCGAGCCACCGAAUCGGCGGAUUUCCAAUACAAUGCCGGCCCGUACGAGCUGGGUCUCCUCCACGAAACUGGUUAUGGAGACGAUGUCUUCCAGGACGAAUCCUAUGCGGCGCAGCUGCUUACGAAAUCUGCGGAACUCGGACAUGCGGAGUCGAAUUACCGACUUGGAGAUGCGUAUGAGCAUGGGAAAUUGAGCUGUCCGCGAGAUCCGGCCCUCAGUGUGCAUUUCUACACGGGUGCUGCCCAGUUGGGACACCCGAUGGCGAUGAUGGCUCUCUGCGCCUGGUUCAUGGUGGGCGCGGAGCCCAUGCUGGAGAAGGACGAAUAUGAGGCGUACGAGUGGGCGAAAAAGGCGGCUGAAUGCGGGCUUGCGAAAGCGGAGUAUGCGGUGGGCUACUUCACCGAGAUGGGCAUUGGGUGUCGGCGUGACCCUCUCGAGGCCAAUGUGUGGUACGUUCGCGCAGCUGACCAUGGCGAUGAGCGCGCCAAACACCGCAUCGCAGCAAUUAGAGCUGCUGCGUCAGGCGCUGAUCCCAAGUCGGCGGCGCGGCGGACGCACGGGAAGAUUGGAAAACCUGACCCUGCUACACAGAACGAUAAGGGGAAAGGCAAGAAGUUCGGUCUCUUCUAGUUCCCAACCUCCUCAUUUCUUUCUUUUUUAUUUUAUUUUAUUUUUUUCCGCCGCCAGGACCAUCACCCUGUCCGAAACGACUUGUUGCUAUUGGGAGCCGCGUAUAUUCGUCACGGUCGCACAGCAUUAUCCCAUCCGUUACGCUAAUUGUUCGAGACAUGCAUUGAGACGGGUUGAUUUUUUUGUUUUCAUUGACGCCUCCACUCGCAGAACCGCCUCGACAUGAGAAACAUGAAUUUUCUGUCCUUGAUUGUCCAAGAUUUUCGCCGCUGACCGACUUACUAGAGAAGGGAGAGAGAAAGUCUUAGUUCCUUUUUUUGUCUUUUUGUUUUUUCCAAAUAUUUCUCGCGAUUUGGCCCAUAUUUGGCAAGUUUUCAUCGCAUUGCAUGUCGGCACCAAAUUCAUUCCCUCCAAUGAUUGAUUUCCCUGCAAUUAAAGCUCUCAUUGCCCAUCAUAUAUCAUACCGCUUCUGCAGCCUCGUGCUCCCCUUUUAUCGUCUCCCCAUUCAGCAUUCAUUGUGCAUAAAUUUUCACCCCAUCUUAAUGACUGAUUAGCGACGUGCAAAUAUCCUCUCGCUUAUAUAUCCCCCUCCUUCUUUUUUUUUUCUUCUUUCUUUUUUUAUUUUAACUGGGCAGAAAUACGCAUCUUGAAGAAUACCAUCAUUCCAACGCUACCUGGGCAUUAACAACACUCCCUCCGCCCUGGUCUUGGGUUGUGUGAAUUUUUUUUUUUUUCUUAAAUGCCUUUGGAUUAUGGGCUUGACAAACUCCCUUGACUCUGUUGCGUUGCCGUUCAUACAUAGUUCUCUUCUUUUCUUUUCUUUUCGUUUUUUUUUGGACGGCGGGUGUUUUGGGUGUGUGUUUGGCUUGGGAGAGGGUUUCUUUUCCCUUUUGUUCUCUGGGAUUAUUUCUUGUUGAUAUCCUCCUCCCCGCUUUCUUUUAUUUUCCGUCUUGACCUAUAUUCGGAUUAUACUUGCAAAUAUAAAAAACGGAAAAAAGUUAGAAAGAAAAGACAGAAUAACUAGUAAUUGCUAAUAAGAAUGAUUUGGGCAUGA